AGAGAGGGGCGGGGGAGCGCGCACUGCACAGUCACUUUCUUUUCUGGAGAGAGGGUGGAAAAAAAAACGGGAAGUUUUCUUUUAACUCAAUUUCGUUAAAAAGAAUCGGAAAGAGAGGAAAAAAAAGAAGUGAAAUAAAUUUUGGGCCGCUCGGGGUUUUUUUUAAAUUAAUUUUUGUUUCUUUCCCCACCCCCCUUCCCCGCAUCCUUUUCCGUUUUUUUUAAUCUUCUCAGUCGGUUUAUUGUCGGUGCUAUUUUUUUAAAAAAAAAACAAUUCUAUGAUUUCGGCCCCUCUUGUGAUAAUAAUUUGGAUGGGAGAAAUGUUUUUGAAGUUGUUGUUGGUCGGGCAGCUCACCGCCCCCCUCUGGCUCGGCGGCGGCGCAGAGUGAUGAGUCCGGUGGAUGGCGAGAACUAGUUUUGCGUUCACUCUGCCUGUAUCUUUCUGUUUCCUCUUCACUCUGUCUAUAUGCAUUUAUAUAUGUUAUAUAAAAGACAUUUACCAAUAUAAAUAAAACGCAGAUAUUUGUACACAUGCGGCCGACUGCGAUGUUUAAUGGACUUUCUCCCCCCUGAAAUUAUUUCGGGCCCUGUUUUUGUUGAAUUGUAUUUCUUUCUACUUUUUUUGGCUGCUUGAGGAAGGGGGGUGGUGGUGGUGGAAGAAGAGAAGGGGAACCGGGUAUUUACUUUUAAAAGGGGUGGAAGGAAAAAAAAAUAGUGAAGGAAAGUGGCGCGGGAAGUAGAGGAGAUGGAGUUACAAACUCUGCAGGAGGCUCUGAAAGUGGAAAUCCAGUUUCAUCAGAAACUUGUGGCCCAGAUGAAACAGGAUCCACAGAAUGCUGAUUUGAAGAAACAGUUACAUGAAUUGCAAGCCAAGAUAACUGCUCUCAGUGAGAAACAAAAAAAAGUCGUUGAACAGUUGAGAAAAGAUUUGAUGGUGAAACAGGAACAUCAUGAAGGCAGAUUGCCAAUGCAACAACAGCAGGUACCACCACAGCAUCAACAGCAGACUGUAUCACAGCAUCUACCACAGCUGACCAGUCCACAGAAAGCAAUAACUGACGCUUCAGUUGUUACCACAAAUCAGAUUCCACUUACUCUACUAAAAACAGCGCAUGCCAUGUCUGCCUCGGCCGUUACACCGAGACCUACCAUUGCCAUGGUAACGGCUCUAAGCAAUCCUCAGAAAUCAGUGGUUAAUGCGGAGUCUCAAAACGCACCCAUCAACCUUCAGAUCACCAACAAACUGACAACUCUAGGGACAGACGCUGUGCGAAUAAUGCCAAAAUCAGCUGUACAGUUGCAGGUGCAGUCUACAAGUUCCCCACCAAUCAAGGUUCCUCAGUUCAUUCCUCCACCUAGACUGACUCAACGCCCAACGCUCUUACCACAGGUUCGUCCGAAACCAGUGAUGCCAAAUAGUAUUCCUAUUGCACCCGCACCUGUGUUUACGACUUCGCAACUAAUCCAGCGACCUGUGAUGCUGACAAAAUUCACACCCGCUUCUCAACCAUCAGCUGCAAAUUCCAUACAUCAGGCUAGAAUUAUGAAUGGACAACCAACUGCUGUCACCAAAACAUUACCAACUGCACAGCUGACAAGCAUUGUCAUAGCAACCCCAAGUCCUAAAGUGGUUGGCCCCCAACAGCUGAAGCUCAGCAAAGCAAAUCUGGAAAAUAAGACUAUCAAACUUCAGGUGGAAUGGGAAGAAAGACCAAAUGACAGCAGUCCCACAUCUCCAGUUCCACCUAAACCCAAGAGAGAGGAGAACCCAGAGAAAGUUGCUUUCAUGGUUUCUCUGGGGUUGGUUACACAUGAUCACCUCGAAGAGAUCCAAAGCAAGAGGCAAGAAAGGAAGCGACGAACAACUGCAAAUCCAGUGUACAGUGGAGCAAUCUUUGAACCAGAGCGCAAAAAGUCUGCAGUUACUUACUUGAACAGCCCUGUGCAACCUGGGACUCGGAGAAGAGGUCGCCCUCCUAAGUACACUAGUGUGCUGGGUAUAGGGGCUAUGGCACCUUCCUCCCCUCCAAGUCAUCCUGCCUCCCCAGAUUUCGAAAAAACAGAAAGUUUGCUCAGUUUUGGUGCUCCAGCACAGUCUGCAUCCAGCCCCAGCUCUGUAGAUGGUUUGCCCUAUUUAGCCACAAGGGCUACUUUACAAAGGGGCCCUGUCAGCAAGAUACAAGAUGAGACAAACGACAUUGAAAACAUCACAAAAAAUACAACCUUGUCUGGUGACAUCCAUGAGGAUUUCUGCUCUGUGUGUCGGCGUAGUGGACAGCUGCUGAUGUGUGACACUUGUUCUCGUGUGUAUCACCUGGAGUGCCUGGACCCGCCAUUAAAAGCCAUUCCCAAAGGAAUGUGGAUUUGUCCCAAAUGUCAGGAGCAGAUCCUUAAAAAAGAAGAAGCAAUCCCGUGGCCUGGAACAUUAGCUAUUGUCCAUUCUUACAUUGCCUACAAAGCUGCAAAAGAAGAAGAAAAGCAGAAGUUGUUGAAGUGGAGUGCGGAGCUAAAGCAGGAGCGAGAACAGUUAGAACAGAAAGUCAAACAGCUGAGUAAUUUCAUUUCGAAAUGUAUGGAGACUAAGAACACUUUACUUGCCCGACAAAAGGAUAUGCAGACUUCAUUGGAAAAAGUGAAACGGCUUAUCCAAUUGAUCCAGGGUAUACAGCUCACAAAAAAUGCCACACUGACGGAUGAGACGAUCAACAGCCCCACAGACUGCAUGAACUCCCCUGCCACUGCAUCUUCACCUGUGAACUGUGAUAGUAACUCAGAAACCAAGUAGCUGAAAGAACAGGCUGGAUUUUGGAGAAUGUAUAAUUCUGGGAACAAAAUUGUGAUGGGCAGUUCCUGAUUUGCCAACUUAAAGGGAGAUUCUGUGCUAGAUUGUGUUCUUAUAGAUCCAUAUUGGGAGUACAAGCUGGGUAAGGACCAGCGCCAAGCCAAGUGACAAUACCAGUGUGUGCCUGCUGCCACCAGUUUGAUUUUAAGUUUGCCUGCUCUUCAGGGAAAUAGGUAGAAAACAAUGGCAGAAACCUAGUCAGCUGUCCUGGUCUUGAAUUGUAUUCUCACAAUUCUCAACUCCAGGAUUACUUGAGCAGAAUGGCAGAACAUUUAGUACAAUGCAACAUAAUGGAGAAAAGAAGUUGUGCAGAAUGCAAAGGUUGGCAUGAGAACAAAGAGGUAGCAAUCAUUGAACUGUGACUGAAGUAGUGAAGGUUGAGUCAGAAUUACAGACAGAGAGGUGCAUUGUGUAAUGAACACAACACAAAGUACAGAGAUUCUCUCCUUAUUUUAUUUACGAGGAACAGAAAUGUAGGUUUAUUAUUGGGAUUGGUAGGCGGUGGCACCAAAACCAUGCAUGGCUUUUGAUGAAGAGUAUUUCUUUCUUAAUUUGAAAAAAGAGUCACAUGCUUGUUCAUUGUUCAAGAAAGUUUUUCAGUGCUUGGGCACUGGAAAAGGUACAAGAGGGACAGACUGAAUUUGUCCUGAGAUUUUUGUUUUUUUUUAAAAGGUUAGGGAAAUAUUCAGGUCUUCCUAGUGUUAAAGAAAUUAGAUCAAGUAAACUGUUGAGUACUGUUAUUUCCUAAUGAGGUGAUUUAUAGAAAACAAAGUGUUAGAAAUUGAGCAGAUUCUGUAUAUAUAAAUAUAUAUAUACACACACACAUAUAUAUUAAAAAAAUUCUGUGUAUAUAUAAAAAGAAAAAAAAAAUCUGUUAUUGUCUGAACUGCCAAAUGCUUCUAUAUUGAACCUGCAGGGAAUGAUCUUCAGUUUACUGGGGAAUAUACUGGAACAGUUUUACAGUUCUUACUAUUUCCAUCUUUAAGACAAGUGGAUUGAAGGUCACAGCUAACGAGAUCAGUUAAGUAAAACGGUCAUAGGUCAUCAGUUGUGUAAAGAAUGCAAAAAGUCUGUCUGUUGUGCAAGUGCAGCCGGAAUGGAAAUUUAUAUUAUCUUUGCAUUAAUAUUUAAUGUUGGUUGUACUUAAUUCACAUAUCAGGGUGUGCUUGCCUUUACAUUUGGCACUAGGUAAAAAUUUCAGCCAUUUAUACUUACAUUUGUAAUUAUUAGCCAAACAAUGUGCAGAUGGAAGAGACUAUUACUGAGGAGUUUCUUCUAAAUCAGUUAUGUUGGGGAUUCAGUUUUCCUUAUUGCUGCUUGCCCAACCUGGCAAUGGUACGUAAAUAGAACAGAAUUUGGAAAUUUUUGGGAAGUGGGUGCGGGGAUAGGAAUUUGCCUAGAAGCGGUCGCAAUUUUCUGCUGUUAUUUAGUGAUGAUCUUUUACAAUGUUUUUAACUCAAUUCUGGAACAUAACUCAUUAAAGAUAUUUUUAAUAGAA